AGGCCGGAGGAUGGCAGCCGGCGGCGGAGGUGGGGAAGCGGCUGCGCUGCAAGCUGACAGGGACGGCGGCUCCAGACUGGCGGCGGCGCGCCCCCGGGCUGUGAAUGCGACUCGCCCCUCGACCUCGCUCCCCGCCCGCCCGGCCGCCGGGACGCGGUAGGGGUUGCCCAGCUCCACUGCGAUGGCAGUUGGCGCGCUGUCCAGUUCCCUCCUGCUCACCUGCUGCCUGAUGGUGGCUCUGUGCAGCCCGAGCAUCCCGCUGGAGAAGCUGGCCCAGGCGCCCGAGCGGCCGGGCCAGGAGAAGCGCGAGCACGCGUCUCGGGACGGCCCGGGCCGGGUGAGCGAGCUCGGGCGCCCGGCGAGGGACGAGGGCGGCGGCGGCCGGGACUGGAAGGGCAAGGGCGGCCGCGGGCUGGCCGGCCGGGAGGCGUGGAGCAGGCAGAAACAGUCCUGGGCCGCCCAGGGCGGGGGCGCCGGGGCCGGGGACCUGCAGGGGCGGCCCCGCGGGGACACCCCGCACGAAGAGCCCCCGGCCGCCGCCGCCCAGGACGCGGCGGGCCCAGACCCAGAGCCCACGCCCGAGCUGCCGGAGGAGUACGCGUACCCGGACUACCGGGGGAAGGGCUGCGUGGACGAGAGCGGCUUCGUGUACGCGAUCGGGGAGAAGUUCGCGCCGGGCCCCUCGGCCUGCCCAUGCCUGUGCACCGAGGAGGGGCCGCUGUGCGCGCAGCCCGAGUGCCCGCGGCUGCACCCACGCUGCAUCCAUGUCGACACGAGCCAGUGCUGUCCGCAGUGCAAGGAGAGGAAGAAUUACUGCGAGUUCCGGGGCAAGACCUACCAGACCCUGGAGGAAUUCGUGGUGUCGCCGUGCGAGCGGUGUCGCUGCGAGGCCAGCGGGGAAGUGCUGUGCGCGGUGUCCGCGUGUCCACAGACCGAGUGCGUGGACCCCGUGUACGAGCCCGACCAGUGCUGCCCAAUCUGCAAAAACGGCCCAAACUGCUUUGCCGAGACCGCUGUCAUCCCCGCUGGGAGGGAAGUGAAGACGGACGAGUGCACCGUCUGCCACUGCACCUACGAGGAGGGCACCUGGAGGAUUGAGAGGCAGGCUAUGUGCACCAGGCACGAGUGCCGGCAGAUGUAGGGCUGGCCGCACGGACCACAGAUGUUUUCGAGGAUCCUUUCCCGAUCUACCUGAACGUUCUGGAUGCCUCUGGGAAAUAUCGACCGAAAGGAGCAGACUUUUGAUGAGGAAUUGUGGAAAACUGUUGGUACUUUUUCUUUUCUUGGUCACAACAACUGCAGGAGAAGGAAAUGGACAUAUUUCAAAACAUCGACAAGAACUUUGGGCAAAAAAGUCCACUUCUAAAUAAAUGUGCUAUUUUCACAGUAAGUACACUAAAGUACACUAUUAUAUAUGAAAUGUAUUUCUAUAAUCCCUCUAUUAGAGAGCUUCUAUAAAUGUUUUCUAUAGAUACAGAUUAAAAAUGCUGUGUUGUCAACUGUCCUCGCUGCGUACCUGCAUUUCUUCUGCAUUUCUGAUUCCAUCACGUGAGAUUAUUGGUGGUCGCUGAUUCUCCUACGAAUCUUGGAAUAGUGCACCCAUUAAUGGAUCGUAAGUUAAGGGAACGGAUUUUCCCUGAGAUCCUCUCCAAAUUCUGUCUCAUUACAGAGAGAUAUAUAGUGUCGAUCCUUAGAGGAUCCAGUCAAAUUCACACAAAUAUAAUAUUUCCUCCUUGUAACUUACUGCUUUUAGUAUCUCCAUUCUCAGUCAUUUGGGAGAUGCAGGUACAAAGAUGACUAAUACAUGCUUUUUCUGUUCAUUCAAAGCUCCCACGUCGUGGGCCAUUCAUUGACGGAUGCACGCAGAUAUUUCAUUUUCACUUACUUGACUUUCUCUUCUAAACGUGACUUUACAUCAUGCCCCAAACUAAGGAACAGGAUAGGCUGGAUUAUUCGCAUCAUUGGUACCUCACGCAGAAGCACACAAAUAGGGGAACCCCUGUUUCUCUGGAGGAGAGGUAAGGGAAACUGAACCCCUGAACAAGUCUAUACCUGUAAUCUACAUGUGGCACGGACAUCCCACCUAUCUAGCCCAUGGACUUGUGGUUCUCCUGGGGACGAUCCUGUCUCCUACAUGGCAGGCACAGUCCAAUCCUGAACGAGAGCCCUGUAUUAGUCACUGUGCAAGAGCCCCAUGAGAAAGCAGUUCUGUUGAAUAUAUUAAAACAACAGCACCGAAGGUCACGGGCAACGUUCCUGGAGUUACAUGUCACUCCAAACCAACUCCACUUCUCUUCAUUUGGAUAAAAGAAGCCACUGCUAAUCCCGCUGAUCUGAUCAGUGCAUGUUAUAGAAUAUUUCUGCCUUUAUCAAUCACAUCAACACCUGACACAUUGAUGAAAAAGGUGGCCAGAGUUUUAAUAGGUUUAGGGAGAAAAAGCAGAACUAUGGUCGCUAUUUAAUGCCUUUAAAGCUUUUCCCCCAUACAUUUAUUGAUUCCAAAAUUUUGAAUUAAGCAUCUAAGUACAAAUUAUUGUCACCACAAAAAAAGGAAUAAAUCAUGGUUUCCUGCCUUCAUGGACUUUUGGCCUCUGGUGCAACACAAAUAAGAAAUCAAUCACUGUGUAUCGUGGUGAGAGCUGAACUAGAGGUCAGCAAAGGGUGGUCAAAGAGGCUUCAUUCCAUACAGAAGAAAUCAUUUAGUCAUUAACGUUUGAAUAAUACCCAAGAAAAAUGGAUACUUUUGUCAUCACUAAAAAGUUGACCCAUUGUGGACCUUAGUAACUGCAAAGCCACCACUAACUGAAUCCUCAAGAAAUUUACACAUGCUUAUAUUUAAUUUUUAUCUUAUCAAGAACACUCUGGGCCAAAUGGGCUCUGCACACAGCUUUCCAUGCAAAUCCUCAGGGGAAGUACCAUGUAGACGCCCUCAGGUGUGAUCAGCUUUCCAGAACUUACUUUUUGUAUUAAAGGCUACUAGAAAUCAGCCAUCUCUCCAUCAUCCAAGGGAAGAUUUUUAUGAGCCAAGGUUAUAUCAAGGUAUGAUUUUGUCAACAAAUGGCCCCAGCCUCCUGGGGAGGUGGGUCAGCAGGGAUGUCUCAGCACACAAGCAGCCUCUUCUCACCCCAGCAGACAUGCUGCAACUAGACAGACCCCAUCAAGGGGGCCCAGAGUCUCCCUGCUCCCCUUGGUGAUGUCGCUCCUCCCAGCUGGGCAGUGAGCUUGGAAAUCAUGGUGAUGGCUCCUCAAACGUGGUGAGAAUUCCAGGAAACCUGGUAUUUUGUUGCACAGAGAGCGUGAACCUGACACCAUCCUGUGAAAUUGUCUAAACUCGCAUGACCCACCCUUGUCCCAGGCAUGCUCCAGGCUGGAGCCCCAGGGCCAUUAUUACAGUAAAGUAACCCCUGCCCCUCCUCUUCCCACAUAAGGACGAUACAUAAACAAACACAGGGCAGAACAUGGAUUAACCACACUGCAUAGGCUUAAUGUAGAAUGAUACUAUUUGCAUUGUUGUCCAAGAGAAAUGUGAUUCUCAGGUUCUUUAUUUCAUGCUGUUGAUAUUAGACUUUCACAUCCGUAAAGUAUAUCGGGGGAAAUUUUGGU